UUCAAUAUGGCAGCAAUAUCGAGUUCUUUCAACAAUGUUAAGAGGUUAACUGGCUUGUCAUUAUUUCGCGUAAAAGUUGCUAAAUCCCUAUCUCGUUCAACAGUCUUUAACUAUUCUGAUAAUGGUUUCGAUAGACCUGACGCUGGUCCACCUAUACCAACUUAUAAAAAGAAACGAGGUGAGACAAAUGAUGUCAAGAAAGCACGACUGCUCUAUCAAAGCAGGAAAAGAGGAAUGUUAGAAAAUGGACUCUUGUUAAGUACGUUUGCUGACAAAUUUCUGAAGUCUAUGAGUGACGAUCUCUUGGAUGAAUAUGAUACACUAAUAAACGAACCAUCUAAUGACUGGGAUAUCUAUUAUUGGAUGACAGAAGUGAAAGAGACUCCUGAAAAGUACAACAAUAAAGUCAUGACGAUGUUAAAAAAACACGCACAAAACGAGAAUAUGGAAAUGAGAAUUCGGCAGCCAGAUUUGAAAUUUUAGUUUCGCCUGAACAGGAUUGUACACUAUCCACGAUAUAGAUAAUUGUUUGGUAUCAAGUUUACGAAGGAAACUCUCUGUGUCAUCACCUGUUAAAGAUUAAUAUAAUAUAGAUGGAAAGUAACAAUGUGACGUAUAACUUACUGAGCGUUCCGAGAAUUGAAAUAUUCAUGAUUAUUAGGUAAUGAACAGUUGAUAAUUCCAGUAUCGUUAUGUACUAGAGUGUCUAUUCGUUGACGAAAUUUACUAACAUUAAUGCACGUUAAAACAAAAAUUUUUGAUUUGGCCAUUCUUGUAAAAAAGGACAUUAAUUUAGGAUGGAGAACGUCGCUUGGUACGUUAUGUAAGAUGAAUAAAAAUUACAACAUGUGAAACUUGUACCUUCGAGGACACUGCAUAUCAUUCAUAGAUACAGGAGAUCAUAAUGGACAACAAUUCACGCUUCUGUGAAGCAUUUGAUUGUAAAUGAAAAAUAGCCAACACCAAAUAUAAUUCAACUUUUGAUCGAGA